AUGGAAAAAAUCAAGCAUCGUCCACUGAUACUUGAAAUUUAUGAACGAAUACUAAAAGUGUAUAAGGACUCUUCGCCUUCACGUAGUACAGUAGAAAGAUGGGUUUCUGAAUUUAAAUCUGGUUAUACAAGCAUUGAAGACGAUCCAGACCAUCGACGUCCAAAGACAGCAACAUCAGAAAUCGUGCAUGCAGGAUAUUGUAUUGGAAAACCGUCGAAUGAAUGA